CGAACUUCUCAGAGACAAAAAGGACGCUAAUGAUUUAAGCUACCCUCCACUAGCGCGAAAUUUUGUAGGCGGGCGCACACAAUCCAGCAAAUUCCGACAUCUUUAUCCAGCGAAAGUGUGAACCCCACCACUAUUUCCAACUCACGACAGCACAAUAGGAUCGCAAUCAUGGCGGACAAUACUCCCACGACUGCGAAUGACCUUCUCAACGGUGCUGCUCAAGUAGCUAAAAGCCCCGAGGAAAUCGCCAAAGAGAACGAUCUCCUUCCUAAACUCAUUACCCACCUCGACAGGCAUUUAAUCUUCCCUUUGCUACAGUUUGUCGCAGAUCAAGAUGAGGAGCCAUCGCCAGAAAUCACAAAGGCAAAAUUCGAGUUGUUGAGGAAGACCAACAUGACGGAUUAUGUGGCAAGUUUAUAUUGCGAAAUUGAAGGGGUUGAGGAACCACCAAAGGAAUACGCGACCAAGAGACAAGAAAUUCUUCAACGAUUAGAAAUUUUCGGACAAGAGAGCGAGAAGAUCACAGAUUUGUUAGGCCGAGAGGAUGUCGUUACUGGACUGAGAAGUGAUAAAGUUGCUAACUUGGAAUUCUUGAAGAAGGAGCAUGAUGUACGUGUUUGGAACCUUUUCAACUGAAAAUUCAAUCUAACAGAGAAAUAGGUCACAAUUGAUAUGGUUAACGUCUUGUAUGACUUCGGAAACUUCCAAUACAGUUGUGGAAAUUACGGAGCAGCUGCCGAACUCCUUUACCAAUUCAGAGUCCUCUCUACCGAUGACGAUAAAGUUACUGCAGCAACAUGGGGUAAAUUGGCUUGUGAGAUCUUGACUGGAAACUGGGAGUCCGCUAUGGAGGAAGUCCAAAAGGUGAAGGAAUUGAUCGAGACCAAGCUCUUCAACAAGCCUGUUGCACAACUUAACCACCGGACCUGGCUCAUUCACUGGGCUUUGUUCCCAUUCUUCAACCACGAACCCGCUCGUGAUGUUAUCUGCGACCUCUUCUUCUCCCCAGCAUUCAUCAACACCAUUCAAACCGCCUGCCCAUGGAUCCUCAGAUAUUUGACUGCUGCAGUCAUUACCAACCGCAACCGUACACGCAACACUGGUCAAUAUCAAAAGCAACUUAAAGAUAUUAUCCGUAUUGUCAAGCAAGAAAACUACGAAUACUCAGACCCAGUUACCGAUUUUAUCAAGGCCUUAUACCUCGACUUUGAUUUCGAAGAAGCCCAAAAGAAGCUCUCCGAAGCCGAAGAAGUUCUCCGUUCCGAUUUCUUCCUUGUUGCAGCCUCUGAAAACUUUGUUGAGGCCGCAAGACAUUUGAUUAGUGAGAGCUACUGCAAGAUUCAUCAAAGAAUUGAUAUCAAGGAUUUGAGUGCAAGAUUAGGCUUGAACCAAGAUGAGGGUGAAAAAUGGAUUGUCAACCUCAUCAGAGAUACCAGAGUUGACGCCAAGAUUGAUUAUAAGGAAGGAACAGUUGUUAUGAACCACCCACCAAGCAGCAUAUACCAACAAGUAAUUGAGCGGACAAAGGGAGGAUUUUUCAGAACACAAGUUCUGAGUGCUGCUGUUGCGAAGUAAGGAGAAUCUACUCUCACUCCAAGGGAUUAGGGGGAAGUUAAGAAGAACGUGUGUGGAAGCUGUUAUCUGGGUCUCUGAUAAUGGGUUAGAUGGAAUCACGCAUACUGAACGAUGUAUAUGGUCGGUAUGCUACUAUCUGAUCUGGUCUGCAUGGCUGUAGGCUAGAUGGCGUUUGGAUUGGGGAAAAUAAAUAGCAAAAAUGGAUGAGAAUGAAAUGACAUAGUAGAAUGAUCGAUUCAGUUUCAAUUUUAGCUGUGCCCGAUUGUUAACGAGAUGAUAAUGGGAUGGUGACCGUCAGGCGAGAUCCGAUACAGAUAGCAGAUACUGAGGAUUAGAGAAAGCAAUGUAUUGAGAGCGAAUGGUUUCUUCAUUUCGUUGCUUGUAUGCACAUAUUAAGUUUCUGGAUCC